CGAUCGCGGAGAUCGGCAAUCUUCCGAGGUUGCAUUCCAAAGUCGAGCGAGCAUGGGACGAGAGUCAACACCGCUGCUCGAGCACAAGAGUCUCGCCGAGACGUGCCCCGAGGACAGCGAUGGGUGGCGCGCAGCCGUCUUCUUUACGUGGCUCAACCCGAUCAUGGAGCUCGGGAGCUCGCGGCCGCUCCAAGCCGACGAUCUCUACGGACUCGAUCGCUGCAACCGUGCGACCGCCGUCGCCGUCGCCUUUGAGCAGCAGUGGGCGACGCAGCGGCAGCGUCCACGCCCUAGCAUUUUGCUCGCGCUCUUCCGAGCGUUCGGCACCAAGUUCCUCUGGGCCGGUCUCCUCCGCUUGGUGCGCGACACGCUGCAGUUCGUCGCGCCCUUUGUCAUCAAGCGCAUGAUCGCCUUCCUCCGCGACGACGACGCGCCCACGGCGAAUGGCUGGGAGCUCGUUGCGCUCAUCUUGGUCUCGGGCCUCAUCCAGUCGUUCUGCUUUCGCCAGUAUUUGUACUACUGCAAGGAAACCGGGCUCCAGAUCCGCAGCGCGGUCGUCACGGCCAUUUACGCCAAGUCGCUCAAGCUCUCGACCAAAGCACUCCAAGAGACGUCGACGGGCCAGAUCGCAAACUUGAUGUCGAUCGACGCCACUCGGCUCCAGCGACUCACACUGGACCUCCACACGAUCUGGGUCGUCCCGUACCUCCUCGUCAUUGCCUGCACCCUGCUGUACAACGAGCUCGGUGUUGCGUUCCUUGCGGGUCUUGGCGUCAUCCUCCUCGUCAUUCCAAUCACGACGCUCCUCUCCAAGAUCAUGCGGCGUCUCCAGUCGUCGCUGCUCGCCGUCAAGGACACGCGCGGCAAGCUCUGCUACGAAGUGCUUGCCGGCAUCAAGGUGCUCAAGCUCCAGGCGUGGGAGCUCAGCUUUGCGGACCGCAUCCUCUCGCUCCGCGACGCCGAGCUCGGCAUCCUCCGCAUCUACAUUGCGAUCCAAGCGGCUGCGACGUCGCUCUACACGGGCGUGCCGUCGCUGGUCGCCGCCGCGUCUUUGGGCGCGUACGUGCUCUUGGGCAACGAGCUGGACGUGAGCACGGCGCUGACGUCCGUCGCGCUCUUCAACGUCCUCCGGUUCCCGCUCUUCAAGCUGCCGCAAGUGCUCCACGCCGUCGUUGAGGCGUACACGAGUGCGACGCGGCUCGAGACGUUUUUAUCCGCGCCCGAGCGGACGCCGGUCGGGCCUGGCGCCUUGCGCUCGCCUGGCGUCGACAUGGAUGCAGCCAACUUUGGAGACCGGCUACGUGGCGUGUCCCUGCACGUGACGUCGCCGUCGCUGGUUGCAGUGAUCGGACCCGUGGGCAGCGGCAAGUCGACGCUGCUGCACGGCCUCUUGGGCGACGUCGACUGCAUCGACGGCCACGUGCACCGCUUGGGCGCCGUCGCGUACGUGAGCCAGCAGCCGUUCAUCCAGAACGCGAGCGUCCGCGCCAACAUUUGCUUUGGCCUGGCGUUUGACGCUGCGAGAUACGCCGACGCCGUUUACGCGAGCUGCUUGGAGCCCGACUUGCGCGUCUUGCCGCACGGCGACCUGACCGAGAUUGGCGAGAAGGGCAUCACGCUCAGCGGCGGCCAGCGCACGCGCGUAGCACUGGCGCGCGCCAUGUACAGUGACGCGGACCUUGUUUUGCUCGACGACGUUCUCGCGGCCGUCGACAGCCACGUGGGCGCCGACAUCUUUCAGCGCUGCGUGCGCGACCGGCUCGCGACCAAGAUCGUGUUGCUCGUGACCAACCAGCUCAGCGUCCUCGCGCACUGCGACCACCUUCUCGUGCUCGAGGCGGGUGCGGUCGUGCAAGCCGGGUCGUUCGCCGACCUCGCCCUCCAGUCGGAGGGACGUCUGGCCUCCAUGCUCGCGCAGUUUCAGCUCGGCGCGGGCCCCGUCGACACGCCACCCUCCACCGACGAUGAGGACGAUCCGAACAGCGACGGUAGCAGCCGUCACGAUGCAGCAUCGAAUGUGCAAGAGGCGACUACCUACACGCUUCCGGCUUUGCCACCAACAACGGCGUCGUCGUCGCUCAUCACGAAAGAGGACCGCGCCGUGGGCCACGUGCACCGCGACAUUUACCGCGUCUGGCUGCGCGCGUGCGGCGGCGUCGGGCUCGGUGCACUCGUCGUCGGUAUCUUUGUCGUCGCCCAAGCCAUGACGCUCGGCUCGACGCUCUGGCUCGCAGUCUGGUCGCAGCACGCAGCAGGUAACGAGGACGGCGGCGUCUACCUGAGCGUCUUUGUUGGUCUCAACCUCGCGUUCGUGGGCUGUCUCUUCUGUCGGUCGCUCGCGAUCUCGCUCCUCGGUCUCCGCGGGUCGCGCCGCCUCUUUGGUCAGCUCCUGCAAGCGCUUUUGCGGGCGCCCCUCGCCUUCUUUGACACAACGCCGCUCGGGCGCAUCGUCAACCGACUCUCGAAAGACGUCGACACGGCCGACGACGACCUGCCCUCGGCGUGGGGCAGCCUCGUCGCCACGUCGCUCACGGUCCUCUCGACGCUCGCGACGAUCGCGUACGUCACGCCGCUCUUUGGCUUGUGCUUGGCACCAAUCGGGUUGCUCUACUACCGCGCGCAGCAGUACUACAUUGCGACCUCUCGGGAGCUCCAGCGCCUCGAGUCGACGUCGCGGUCGCCGAUCCUCGCGCUCCUCACCGAAACCCUCGACGGUCUCUCGACGAUAUCGGCCUCGAGCGUCCAAGACGCGUUCCGACGCCGCCUCUUUACGGCGCUCGACGCCAACCAGCGCGCGGCGCUGCUCAACUUUGCGGUGGCGUGCUGGCUCGGGCUGCGUCUCGAGCUCGUGGGCACGCUCGUGGCCACCUUUGCGGCCUUGAGCGCGGUCGUUGCCAAGCCGUCGGGUUCGACCGAGUUUGCGGCGCUCGUCGGCGUCGCGCUCUCGUAUGCGUUCCAGAUCACGCGCAACCUCAACCUCUCGGUGACCACAUUGAGCGAGCUCGAGACCGACAUGGUGUCGAUCGAGCGCCUCGUCGCGUACACGCAGCUGCCGCCCGAAGCCGACUUGCGCGUGACGUCCGAUAGCGUCCUUCCCACCGCGUGGCCGCACGCGGGCGCUGUCACGUUCACCAACGUGCACCUGCGGUACCGUCCGGGCCUCCCGCUCGUGCUCCGCGGCGUCUCGUUUUCGAUUCGUGCGCGGGAAAAGGUCGGCGUCGUCGGACGCACGGGCGCCGGCAAGUCGAGCCUCGUGGUCGCGCUGCUCCGGCUCGUCGAAGUCGAAGCCGGUCACAUCGAGAUUGACGGCGUCGACUUGCGCACGCUCGGGCUCCACGACGUCCGCGACCGCAUCGCGAUCAUUCCGCAAGACCCCGUCCUCUUCUCCGGCACCGUACGUCGAUGGUCUCUUGGGGUAUGACGGGUGAGCUACUGCACGUAGGUGCGCUCCAACUUGGAUCCGUUCGACCGGUUCGACGACGAUGCGCUCUGGACGUCGCUCAAACGCGCGCACCUCGACACCAAGGUAGCAUGUCGAUUCAGCCUCUAGGAAUCGACGAUGGUAUCUGUAGGUGACGCGGCUCGACGCGAUCGUCGACGAGCGCGGCGUCAACUUUAGCGUCGGCGAGCGCCAGUUGCUGUGCAUUGCGCGCGCGUUGCUCCAAAAAGCGGCCGUGCUGCUCAUGGACGAAGCGACGGCGUCCAUCGACGCGGCCACCGACGCCGCGCUACAAGAGACGCUCCGCAACGAGUUUGGCACUUGCACGUGCAUCACGAUCGCCCACCGCAUCAACACGAUCCUCGACGCCGACCGGAUCCUCGUCCUCGACAACGGGGGCGUGGCCGAGUUUGACACGCCCGCGAACCUCCUCGCGACCCCCUCCGGCCUCUUUAGCAGCCUCGUGACGCAUUGGCGUCACGGCCAUGGCGAUGCGCCGGCCGUCGUCUAAUCUACAUCGUUGUUGAUUAUAUACUACGUGGAUGCGGGUGUAGUAGGGUUCGGGGUGGGUAGGGGUGUUGGCUACAAAUAGACUGCCCGGGAUGAAAAGCCA